UUUUGGAGGGGGAGGGGAGGGGGGGGAUAAAAAGUGGAAUAAACCAAGAAAAAUAAAGGAAGAGAAGGACUUUGGGGGAGAGAAAGAGAGGAAAGUGAGAGGAUGAGCAUAAUUCCUGUUUUUCCAAUCUGUCUCUCCUUCAUCUUCAUCUUCAUUUCAUGAAAAGAAAAAUGGAGAUGGAUCAAUGUAAGCUUUUUGUUGGGGGAAUUUCUUGGGACACAAAUGAGGAUCGUCUCAGGGAGUAUUUUGGGAGCUAUGGAGAAGUGGUGGAGGCAGUGAUCAUGAGAGAUCGAGCCACCGGGCGCGCCCGCGGCUUCGGUUUCGUGGUUUUUACUGAUCCCGCCGCCGCCGAAAGAGUCGUUAAAGAGAAGCACAUGAUCGACGGUCGAACUGUGGAAGCGAAGAAAGCCGUUCCCCGCGACGACCAGCACCAAACGAUUCGUAAUGCCGGCAGCAUUCAGGGAUCGCCAGGGCCUGGCCGGACGAAAAAGAUUUUCGUCGGAGGCUUACCGUCGACGGUCACCGAGAGCGACUUCCGAAGCUAUUUCGAUCAGUAUGGUACCAUAACGGACGUUGUAGUAAUGUACGAUCACAACACUCAAAGGCCGAGGGGUUUUGGAUUCAUUACGUACGAUUCGGAGGAUGCGGUCGAUAGAGUUUUGCACAAGACGUUUCACGAGCUCAAGGGUAAGAUGGUCGAGGUAAAACGAGCAGUCCCGAAAGAAUUGUCGCCCGGCCCCACCCGGAGUCCACUUAUCGGAUACACAUACGGUUAUAACAGAGCUAACAACGUUGUCAACAGCUACAGCCCGGGUUAUAACAUGAGCAACAUCGGAGGCUACGGGGUCAGGAUGGACGGUAGAUAUAGUCCCUUAGCCGGAAAUCGUACGGGAUUCUCGCCUUUCGGUUCGCCGUCUUUUGGAAUGGGUGUGAAUAUCGAGCAGAGUUUAAAUCCCGGCUUCGGAGGGGUUUCUAGCUUUAGCAACAGCUUAGGUUACGGCCGUGUCGUGAGCCCGUUUUUUGGCAAUAAUCAGGGGAGGUACAACGCCCCCGUUGGUUACAACGGCGGAAACAGAGGCGAUUCUUUUGUCAAUUCGCCGUCGAGAAAUGUUUGGGGAAACGGCGGCCUUAACACUUCCCAAAACAGCUCCGGUUCUGCGAGCGGCGGCGGGUUCGGAGUAUUUGGAAACAAUGGAGUGAAUUGGGGGACUUCUCCGAUUGCUGGGCCUCUCGGGGGAAGUUCGUUUAGCUACAAUGUGGGCAAUGUCGGGGAGAAUAGUUAUGCUGUGGGAGGUAGUCGAGGAUUCGGAAGAAACAAUAAUGGUGGAGGAAUCGGUGUAGCCGCAGGAUCUUCAUUUGCUGGGGAUUAUGAGGAUCAAUAUGGUGCCUUUUAUCGUGGUGGUUCUGCGUAUGGCGAUCCAACUUGGCAGACGACGCCUUCUGAUCUGGAUAAUCCGGGAUCGUUUGGUUACGGGAUUGGGAAUUCUGAGAAUGCUGGUGGUAAGGAUCCUGAGGAUUACGGCGUGGGAUAUGAUAUUUCGAACAGGCAAACCAGUAGAGGAAUUGCUGCAUAGGAAGUGAAUUCUCAGCAUUAGAGAGGAGACUUGGAAACAUGAGAAUUGUGAAUUUUCAGUUUAUAUAUCGAUGUUUGUCGCUAUACUACAGAGUUAACUGGGGUCUUGAUUCGGGCGAGCUCUUCCCGGGAGAUUUUACAGAGGAAUGAGGUUUGAUUCUUACAUGUAACUUAGGUUCGUUCGUCUUGUUCGCGAGUUCGAUUGAGAUGUAAAUCAGAUUACGGGAUAUACACACACCAUUGAAGAUCGGUUCUAGCACCUGUCCCUGUCCGGCUCCGUGGGGAAGGUAGAUAUAUAUAUUUCUGCUUGCAUUCGUUCUUUUUCCGAUGACCAGCAAUGUCUAUUUACUCGCGGGGUUUUGUUUGAUUCAUACAUAAAGGGUGUUUUCCUCCGGCUUUCUCUUAGCUCGGAUAGAAUGAACAGAUCACCAGAUACCACCAUUUUUCGUUUUCUGUUGUAUUCGACAAAGAUUCAUGCUUGCAUUCGUGUUAGUACGAUGAAUUGUAACGAGGAACCUAAUUCUGUGUUGUUUA